UAUAAGACCCGCCGAAUAAAAUUAACACUAUAUAUCAAUCUAGGGUUUAAGUUUUGCAUUCUGGAGAGCGGUGAAUCGCAGACACAGAGGCCGUAGAAGGAGACACAGUUAGUCGUCAAAAUGAAAACUAUUCUUUCUUCCGAAACCAUGAACAUCCCCGACGGCGUUAGCAUCAAGGUUAACGCCAAGAUCAUCGAAGUCGAAGGCCCUCGUGGUAAGCUUGUCCGUGAUUUUAAGCAUCUCAACCUUGAUUUCGAUCUCAUCACCGAUGAGGACGGUAAGAAGAAGCUCAAGAUCGACGCCUGGUUCGGUUCCAGGAAAACCUCUGCCUCCAUCCGCACCGCCCUCAGUCACGUCGAGAAUCUCAUCACUGGUGUCACCAAGGGUUUCCGCUACAAGAUGAGGUUCGUUUAUGCUCACUUUCCGAUCAACGCUAGCAUUACUAAUGAUAGCAAGGCCAUCGAGAUCAGAAACUUCCUUGGCGAGAAGAAGGUAAGGAAAGUGGAUUUGCUUGAUGGUGUUACCAUUGUUCGAUCUGAGAAGGUGAAAGACGAAGUUGUUUUGGAUGGAAAUGACAUUGAACUUGUUUCUAGGUCAUGUGCUCUUAUUAACCAGAAAUGUCAUGUUAAAAACAAGGAUAUCAGGAAGUUUCUUGACGGUAUUUAUGUUAGUGAGAGGGGAACAGUAGCUGAUGAGUAGAUUGUGAUACUGAAACCAACUUUUUGUAGUUUGAUUCAAAGCUUCUUUUGUUGUGUGGCGAGUACUUGGACACAGUUUAUCUUUUUCUUUGCUGGAUGAGUUUGGAUUAUUUUUGUUAUCAAAGUUUUAUGUUUUGGAGUAUCUUAUUUAAAAUUAUGGCCUUUAUUUUCCUUAUGCUUCA